AUGGAAGUGAUGGCAGUCCAGCUAGUCGGCAUUCUCGCUCUCGAUCGCCCUCACCUUCGAAAGAGAGAGGCUACGACAGUUCGUCUUCUCGUCAUGAUCACUAUCAUUCUUCCAAGUCCCGAAGCCGUAGUGGCAGUCGGGAAAGGGGAAGCGGAAGUCGGAGAUAACUGA